UGUUGAAGUCUAUACCAGUAUUUCUGUGUGAGUAUUAAUGUUAUUGAGACAAUCUUUUCUGUUUGAGUAAAGUCUGGAUUGAUUUAAGCCUUGUUUCACUGGUCAUACAUUUCGGUCCUACUUAUUAAAAUUCUGAAAAUUAAAUCCUAAUUCAUAUCCAAAUACAUUGAGAAGGAUGAAUUAAUGCAGGUCAAAGAUUAAGAUAAAAAUAUAUUCUAUUAUGAAAUUCACAGAUAAAAGUAUUCACCUAUUAAACACUUUCCAAAUGCAAUGAGGAAAUAACUAAACUGAUCAGUUCACAAAUUAUGUAACUGAACAUAUGGUGAAUGUCCUUACAGGCAAGGGCGUCAGCUUGUUUUUAGAAGUGGCGGGGACAAUAACCAUAACCUUGAAUGUGGUUUGAAAAGUGCUGGGUACCCUUAUGAAAGCUAUUCAUCCAUUCAAUGCUGCAUUACAAUAUGCUGUACAAUGUAUUGUCAGGUGUUGAAAAUCCUAUUCUAACAAUAAAAGUUGUUAGAAUAGGAACAGUUUGUGUUUUGGCUUGUUUUGCAAAACGGCGUUGGAAACACCAGGGUAUUGGCUCGGGAUAUAUAAUACUAAUACACACAGGACAAAGAACAGUGUUGGCAAUUUAACACUUAUCUUGACAUCAACAAACUUUACCAGACAAACAAAGCUAGACUGUAAAGGGGGUACGAAAUGAAACGAGGUACUGAGCAUCAGCCUUUUGAAGACGAGCAAGGGCUGCUGGGAGCAUAUGUUAUGCUGCAUUAAAAAAAGAAGAAAAAUACAAGCACCCAGAGGAGAAUUGCAUCUGCCAAAUCCUGACCAGUAAGGUAGACACCAGUAAACACUUGCGAAGGACCAAUGUAGACUUCACUCGUUACAACAUCAUAAGCAAAUUGCCCGCAAAUAAAAUCCCCUACAGUUUAGGAUAAUCACACAGGUUAUGCGAGAACAUAUUUAUGUCAGGAUAGGCCUACCAAGGCUCCAAGUCUAAUGUCACAUAUCUCAAUCAGGCAAAAAAACCAUAACCACAUUGGCAUAGCAAUCGCUCUGUGUAGCUGCUACUAGCUGCAAUCUAUAUAACCUACAAUGCAUACUAGCUGGAGCACCAACCAGAAUCAGAUAACAAUCGCUUAGGACCGUGGGUAACCUUUGGCCAGGUCAUCACGAGCAAUCAAAAACGGCAGCAAAGUUUACGUAAACCAAUUUCUUACCUUAUGGGCCCUCCACAUGAAGGCUAGAUGAUGUAUACAUAUCGUUAUCCAGUGUCACAAUCAUGAUUUUUACAGGAAGCAAAAGGACUCGGCCAAGACCGAGGCCCUUAGGCUAGUGACAAACAGUCAGAAAGGGCUUUAGUUUUUGAGAUACCCCUACCGGAGGUAGAACUAAACCCAACAAUGUUUUUCCUCAUCUCUAAGGUCUCCCAUACAUGAAAGUGAUUCUUGGCUAAAAUAUUUUUACUGCUAAGAUUGUGAAAUUGACAGAUAUUGUUAUAUACCUCCAAACAAAAAAAGGCCUAAAAUAUAGCCUGUCCGUAUGGGAGUUAAGACAGAUAAACUAAUGCAGAAUGAUAACACAAGCUCUGAGAGCUUUGAGACUUGGCAAGUUUGUAGCCAGGGAGUCACUUCACCUACUGGAAAAACCUGGAUGUGAAUAUCUUGAUGCAUGAAGUAGAUGGAGACCUAUAAACACAUACCUAAAAUAAGCGGACAGUGAAAAAAAUGAUUUCUAUGCAGAAUGUUAUCAUUUACUUUGUAGUUGCUUUGCCAGGCAUUAUCAUAGGAACACAUAAUAUGGCUUGUUGGAAAGGUGGGAUUGUGCUGAAUCCAGCAAUACCAAACAUCUAUAUAUGGUAUGAACAAUGAAAAUGGUAUGUCACUCAAUGUAUGAGGUGUCCAAAAUGAAAGAAAAUGAAACCAGUCCAAUGCCCAAUAUCAGUGGUCAGAGGAAUGUUGAUAAAUUCAAUAAUACUGCAAAUUAACUUACAUGAGGUAAGUGCUGCUGUAUAUUAUAACACAUUUAAUGAUUAUAUUUUUAAUAUGGCACAUUGUAUUAUAUAGUUCAUACAGAAAGAAAGAUCCAAUUGAAUCAGGUUAUAAUUGAAAAGAACACCUAUAUCAAAAUAUUUACAUCCACUUGAAUUUCUUUGUAGUCAAGUAAUUACUGAAUAAUGGGAAAUAAUGUUGGCAGCUUUGGUCUCUCCAGACCAGAAGUGGGCAGUAGAACCCACUACCCCCUUGAUGUGACCUUUGAUUUGACCUUUGAUGUGACCAAUGAUGAAGCUAGCUACAUCAUUGUCUUCAUGGAUAUUUUCCUAAACUGACAGUCAGUUGAAUUAUGGAGGAUGUCUUACAGACAUUGGAUCCAAAUCUUUGUAUCAUUUGUGGGAAUCAUUUGGAAAAGGGCAAGAAAAAAGAUCCCUAUGUCCAAAACCCCACAGUAGAAGGCCUCCAACGCAUACUUACUCUUGCUCAGCAGAGAGAUGAUGAUGUCCAUAAAAACUUUGCUCCAUAUAGAGAUGACAUACUUUCAGCCAAAAUUAAAGUGUCAUAUCAUGUAUCAUGUAGAGCAAACUACUGCAAGAAAAAAAACAGUGAGCAGCAAGUUGCAGAUGUUGAGAGUGAGAGCACAUCUGUGCCAAGAAGGCUGAGUAGGUCUGAUACAGCAUCAUUUAACAUACGGAGAGAUUGUUUCAUUUGUGAGAAGUCCAGCACUAGACCAGAACCUCUGACAGCCAUUUCAACUGGUACAGGCACGAGUACCAGAGAAAAGGUACUUCAUGCAGCUUCUGAAAGGCUUGAUGAAGAUGUACAUCUUCGGAUUCUUUCAUGCCCAGAUCUCUUUGCAUAUGAUGCUAAAUACCAUAAAAAGUGUCUUGCACACUACAUCUCUGAACGAAAUAUAGCAGCUGCCAGACGAAGAAAAGAAUCUGAAAAGAAGCAGACAAAUGUCUAUGACAAAGCCUUUAUCAAGCUAACUGAAGAAAUUGAUAAAACAGUGUUGUCCAAGGAUAUGAAAGUUCGAACUCUCAACUAUUUGACUGAUAGCUACGAUGACAUACUAAUGAGCAUUUCUGAGGAAGAUGUGUCCACGGUCCAACACAAGAAAUACAGAUCCUGGAAACUAAAGGGAAAGUUGAUGCAGCAUUACAAAGACAGGCUGGUAUUUGUUCCACGUCCAGGAAAGUCAGAUCUGGUGUGUUCGGAGACUAUGACUGUAGGUUGUGCACUGAGGGAAGCUGCUCAACUCAGAGAAAAGACUGAAGAACAUAAAGAAGACUAUGAGCCAACACUUCCAGAGACAAGUCAGAGUCUUUCUGAAACUCAAUUAUUACACAGGGCUGCAGACAUAUUGAGGAAAAGCAUGGAGCAGGUAGAGCAUGACAGUAAAUCAUAUGUCAGCAGUGAUCGUCUAUCACGUUGUCAAUGCAGCAAGUAUGUACCAAACACCCUGUAUGAUUUUGUGAACUGGUGUGUUGAUUCACGUGCCCACAGAGGUUACCAAACAUGUGAUGAUGACCCAGCUUCGAAGGACAAUCUGUGUGUGAUAGCAAUCUGUCAUGAUCUCAUUGGGCAGAGCCGUCACAUCCAUACGCCAAUCACACUGGGACUCGCCAUUUUGAUUCAUCAUGAGUUUGGUAGUAAGACACUCAUCGAUGAGCUCAGUGCAAUGGGGCACUGUGUUUCCUAUACAGAGGUUAGGCAUUUCCUCACAUCUGUGGCAGCAGACCAGAUAUCAAGGACAGAAAGAGGUGUCUACAUCCCAACAGGCCUCACUGGAGUCGCUGAACAUGGAAUUGUUGAUGCAGCCAUCGACAACUUUGACCAAAAUGAAGAUACCCUGGAUGGGAAGCAUACAACUCAUGCUAUGGCUUCUGUUGUGUUCCGAAGAGGCCAAGUCUCCACAGCAGAUACAUGCCUAGCACGGGUUCCAGAGAGGUCCCUCACCACCUCAAACACAUUCGACCUGAAUGGAGAUACACUUCACAGAUACAUCAAAUCAACAAAGCGACCAGAACCACCUGAACUUCCUGAGUUACUAAACACAAACACAACAGUCUCUAAAGCAGCUGAAGACAGAGAUCUGGUAUGGAAGCUGUCCCGAAAUGUAAUUGAGAAUCAGCAGCAUGUCCCUUCAUGGUCUGCAUUCAAUGCCUUCACGUCAGACACUGCUUGUUCAGUAGCCAGUGUACUCUACAUGCCCUUCAUAAGAGAAUCACCCUCAGAAUUGUCCACCAUCUAUACAUCUUUGAUAAGACUUGUACAGCUUGCUGCAGACCUGGGACAGGACCAUAUUCUUGUGACUGCAGACCUUGCUAUUUAUAGUAAAGCACAACAGAUAAUGUGGAGCAAACCACUUCCUUUACAAGGAAAGAUCACAAUGAGACUGGGAGGUAUGCAUAUCACGAUGGCUUACCUGGCAAGCAUCGGAAAGCUGUAUGGCGAUGGUGGACUCUUUGACAUACUUACUGAGUCAGAUGUGUAUGCAGAGGGAACAGCUCGACAGAUGCUUCAAGGGAAACAGCUGGCAAGAGGAGUAAGGAGCAUAAAGCUAGCCUCUGAGGCUCUGUUCAGGCUCUUCUGGAAAGCUAUGCAAUCAUGGCUUGAAAAACAAGGCCAAUGUGCAAUGACUGAAGAACAAGAGCAACUCCUACGAGAUGUACAGCAUGCAUUUCAUGGUAAUGACAAGGCCACUGCUCAACAGUUCAUCGGUGAGGUGGAGACUGAACUCCAUGAGAUUCAGAAGAAAAUCCAGAAGUUCACAAAUGAGGGAGUUAAGCAAUCAGCAACAUUUGGAUACUGGAUAAUGUUCCUAAAUGGUGCUGAUCUGUUGCUACGGAUCCUUCGCUCAGAACGCGAAGCUGACUUUCAACUUCACCUGAAUUGCAUGUGUGAAGUUAUGCCUUGGUUCAGAGCUGCUGGAAGGACCAAUUAUUCCAAGUACAUGCCUGUCUAUGUUGCAGAAAUGAAAGCUCUUGAACAUGAACAACCAGAAGCAUACACAUUCAUGCAGCAAGGUGGGUUUGUUGUUCGCCGGUCUGAGCAUCGAAGCUUCAACUGUGUGGCAUCUGAUCAGGCACUGGAGCAAACCAUUAAUCGUGAAGGCAAGAGUCAGGGUGGAGUUGUUGGUUUUACAUUGCGAAAGGGAGCUCUCACAAGAUGGCUGAUGACAAGACAUGUGACCACAGCAUAUGUGGAUGCCAUGAAAGAGCUUUGUGACACUGAUGCAAAGGGCCAAAAAGUACACCAGGAGCAUGGAGCAUCCAGAACGGAAAGAGACGAGAGAGACAUACAGAAGAUAAUGGAAGCUGUGGAGCAGAGACAGAAUCCUUUUGAUCUUGAAAGCAUUCCUGAGGAAUUGAUCAAUAUUGCAAGUGGUCAGGUUGCAUCUGAGAAGGUUGCAAAAGGGCUCUCAAGCUUCCUCCAAGAUGGUGCAAAGCAGAAUGCCGUCUUUAUUGAAGAACGUCUGGCAAAAUCAAAAAGAACAAAGAGCUUCUGGGAGCCUGAGAAAAGAAACCAGUGUGCAACCUUCAAGGAUAUGAAAACAUCAGUUGGAGUCCAGUCUAGACAGGUUCACAUGGACUCAGAUGUGCUCUUUCGAAGGUUACUGGCUGUUUCCAAGCAGCGAGAGGUGUCCAUGGAAACUGUGAUGUCUCAUGAACUCGCAGCUGUCCCGCCCUCUUUGUUUUAUGAUGAUGGAAGCAUGAGGAAGACAACUAAAGCUGACCUUGCCAAGAAACUGGAGGCUGUUGUUGAAGAGUCACAGCAGCUGCCAAAUGUUGACGUACCAUCAGCAUACAUCAUCGAUGGCAUGGCUCUUAUACAGACUCUCCAUGAUUCAGCCUUUCAAACAUUCAACGACCUGGCCGAGUGUGUCUGGAAAAAGAUCACAAUGUUAAUGGGAAAGGAAGGCAUCAGCUGUGUUGUUGUAGUGUUUGACAGAUAUGACCAUCAACACUCAGUCAAAGAUCUAGAGAGGCAAAGAAGAGGCACCAUUCAAACCACACGAACACAUAUCAUCACAGGACAAGCAAGUGUUCCAAACUAUAGGAAAUACCUUAAGAUAAGUGGAAACAAGGCUGCUCUAUGUAGCUUUGUGAGUAACUACAUCACAAGUACUGGACCGAUGAGACUCUCUUCAGAGAACACAGUUAUCUUGGCUGGUGGAUUUGAUAAUGGUGAGGAAGUAAAGAGGGUUAGGAAGUCAGGCAUCGACAAUUUGACAGAGCUUUACAGUGACCAGGAGGAGGCAGAUACGAGACUGGUGUUACAUGCAAUACACCUUGCAAGGUCACAUUCUCGUCUAAUAGUCAAAUGUGAUGACACAGAUGUGCUGGUUUUGCUGAUCUACUAUACAAGCAAAGGAAUGUUUGGAUCCUCUGCAGUUUUCAUGCACUCUGGACAUGGCCUGAAGGAAAGAUUCAUCCCAGUCUGUUCAAUCACUCAGAAGCUUGGACCGGUUCUUUGUGAUUGUUUGCCGGCAUGCCAUGCCCUCACAGGUUGCGAUACAACAAGCAGCUUAUACAGAAUUGGGAAGACCACUGCCUUCACAAGACUGAAGUCCCAUCUGAGUGAGCUGAAGGAAAUGACUAAGUUUGGACUUUCUGGAAGCCUGCAAGAAGCUUUGCCUGUGGCAAGAAAAUAUGCCCUGCUCCUGUAUGGCCAAAAGAAAAGGGUGGAUGGACAUCUUUGCACCAAUCUGGAUGAGCUGAGGUACACACUUGCAUCUACCACAGAUGCAUCUGCAGCAAAUCUACCUCCAACAGAAGAUGCCUUCCAGCAACAUGUGUUGAGAGCCUUGUAUCAAACAGCAGUGUGGCGUCACAGCCACUUGGCCAGGCCUCAUCUCUGGAACCCAGUUGGUAGAGGAUGGAAGCUCAGAGAAGAUGGGUCCAUUGAACCUGUGAUGUUCCAGAAGGAACCAGCACCUAAAGAAGUCAGAGACAUCACCCAUAUGUACUGUAAAGAUGGAAAAUGCAAUGAUACCACCAAAUGCCAGUGUCUUGCAGUGGGAUUGACUUGCACUGAGUUUUGCUCUUGCUCUUUUCCAGACUGUCCAAAUGUGACUCAUUUUGUCACUGAUGAUGAUGUGGAUGAGUGACAAUGAAAUGUUAUAGUUUAAGUAAUAGUUUUAUUAAAAGGCUCAUCAAUGCCAAACUGCAAUCCUGACUCCUGGUCUCCUGUGUGUGCUAUUGCCAGGCCCUAAGCCAUAACUAGACUCGCCUCAGAUAGGACACUACAGCACAUUGCAAUGCAAUGAGUUCUUUCAUUUGGGACAGCUAAAACAUCUAAUUAUGAAUGGUUGCAUGGUUUAUUUUAUAUUAUAUAUAUAAUAUAUUCAUAUUAUAUUUUUAUAUUUGGUUGGCUGGAUUUAGCGCAAUGACAUCCUUCCAACAAGCCAUUUUAUGAGUUUCGAGGACAGUACAAGUAGUCACUGUAAACGUGUCAUCUUUCAAUUUCAGUCUUUG